AGCUAAUAUGCCAGCUGAACUCUGUUUCGACCCUUCAAAAGUCUUACAGCAAGAUUGUCUUACAAAGGAGAGUAAGUCUUUGGAAAUUGCGACAGAAUCGAGCAUGAUUUCUGCAGAACAGAAAACAUCUGUUGAUCUUCCAGUGCACCAGAACGUUUCUGGAUUAAUGCAGCCUGAUGGAGAUCAUACCGAGAAUGGACAGCUCGGUGGAGAAUUAACAGAGCAAGACAAACUGGAUUGUUCUGAGAGCAGCAGCGUGUCUGAAUUCGACUUGGUGCACAGUGAGUCUUUUUCAAUAAGCAGCGAUCGUGUCCACUCGAUUGAAAACAACGAACGCUCUGAAUAUAGCACGGAGUCGAACAUUAGUGACCAAACUCUAACGGAAGAACACGAGCCAGACGAGUUUACCUUAUUUCAGGCCAUGCCCGAUCUUUGUAUGUAUUACGAACAGGUAGAUACUGAAAUCCAAGAGCUCGUUUUAUCAGACCUUGAACUGCUUUAUGAGCAGGAAACUGAAUCCGAGCAACCUUCAGAAGAGGACGGUAGUGGUGGUGAUGAUGAUGAUGAAGGUUCUGAAGAAAUCAGCGUUUCAGAUUCGUAUGAGCAAUACAGCGAACAAGAUCCGAAUGCUGGAUUUGACCUGGAUAAAGAACCACGCGGAUCCUUUGAACAGUGUGAGCUUAACAAUCAAAACAUGCCCCGUGAAUGCCAUACCACACGUUUUAAAUCCCCUGAACUGUGCCAGGCCUCGAAAGAAAGCAUGCCAGCUGGAUUCUCUGGGUCCCUUGAGCAGCAACCACCUGCUGGACAAAUAGAAAACACAUACGACUGCGAGUUAACUGCAAAAAACAGUCACGGAUCCUGUACAGACUUGUUUGAGAGCUCUGAUGACUUUCCUGAGGAGAAUCAGAGCUUCGAGUAUUAUACCGAACAAGAUUGUCGCCAGCAGUCUUUAAACGAACUCGAACGCGCAGAACAAUGCUCAAGUUGUGGAAAAUGCUUUCUGAAACGUGAAAUUCCUGAGCAGCGCGAGCCCAGUGAGCCUGCUCAGAAUUCCGAGGACUCGGAACAAAGCGAGUCUUUUGAAAACUCCCCUGAAUUGUGUGAGGCCUUUGGAACACAGCGCUCCGUGUUUCACACCUCUGAACUCCCCGAAGAAAACCCUCCUGUAGAACGUAACACAGAUGAGGUUAGAAAGCGGGCAGAGAGCGAUAUGAUGUUUAUGGGCUCGAUGGAAACCUUUGAAGCUCGUUGGCUCUCUCAGUUUCUUGCUGUUGACGGUCACCAGAAUAACACCUUCGAAAAGCAGCGUGGUGUCGAGGACCUUCACGUUGCAAUCAGCCGAGCCGAGCCGAGUGACGAGUUGCUCUCCUGUGACCGGAAUGCUGAAGCUGAACCUGUAAUUGAACCCCUGCAUACCUCCAGCGAGCAGGGGACGCUUUGUGGAGAGUGCAAAACGAGAGCGAAAGCACAGUUGAAAUAUGACGUACCCUGUCGUCUGUUUGAACUUUGUGACAUUAACGCAAUGAAUGAAACAUUUGAUCUUGAAUAUGAUGAAAGCAAAGCUGGAGAGUCAGUUGUGAAAGGAGCAUCGUUAGAUGAAUGUAGUGAAGAGGAAUAUGCUGACUGUAUUGAUGGUAAAAGCCAAGGCAGCGUUGAAACAGACGAGUCAUUUAAAAGUUUUAUCGAUGAGCCUGAGGAGCUCUAUCCUGUUCAAAACGAUGAUGAUGAUGAUGAUGAUAAACCUGUACAUGAUGAUCUUGAAACAGACGAAUGCUGUCCUGGAUGCACACAGGAGUCACAUGACGUCAGUGGUGAUACCCCUGAUCCGUAUACACCUGAUGGACUAGAAGCACAUGAAAAUACUCAGGAAUCCAGUGAAACUUCAGGAAAAAAGAUGUACAAAACGUACGCAGAGGUACUUUGCGCUGGACUAUGCAAAGCCGUUCAAAGCCCGAAACCCUGCCUUGAACCCCCAAAGCCCACUGACGAGGAAGAUUAUGGACCGAAACUUAACAGCGAUGAUACCACAGCUCAUGAUGUGGAAGACCAGGACUUUAAAGUCUUGUUUCAAGAUGAAAACGUUGUCGAAUCUCAUGAGGAAGUGAUUGUACCGGACCCCUCUGAGAAUGCAGGUGAAACUUACGGACCCCCCACUGUGGAUGAAGGCAUUUCCAAAAGCGAGACCUCCGAUCCCGAUUCUGUUCAGAGCACACGCCAGGAGCAAGUACUCGCUGUCCUUGAGAGGGAUGCGGAACACGACUUCGUUGCAGAAAACGAGGUCUCGGAAAAGUUCACCGAGGUUUCCAGACCCAUCGAAAAAGAAGUUAAACACGACCACGUUUCUGAGAUAGAACCGGAUAAGUGCGAAAGUGCAAAUUUGACUCCUGAUGCUCAAAUGAAAGCGGAAGAUGAAUCGGAAGUUCUAGAUGAAACGAGACACGGCCAUGGCGAGCCAGAAACGCGUGAACAUGUAGACACGUUUAUAUUCGCCUCUGAAAAGGAUGUAGCAGAUGUUGAAAAAUGCAACGAGUUGAACGCAAGCGAAGAUCCCCAGAAUGGCGCCAACGACUUGGUGAUUGUGCAAAACGCCAUCGAGCUGCAAUCAGGCAAAGAUCCUUGCAAAGAUCCGGAGCCGCCAGGUUCUGGUAGUACGUCAUUAGAUCUAACAGAGCAGAAGGACGGUUCUCUACCUCAGAGUAAGUGCAGCAAAAAACUGGACGAAAUAAUCCAUCAAGUGGUGCAAAGUAAAACGACCGAGCACAGCGAGCCAGAUGACUUUUUUACGCUCGCUGAUGAGAACGCAACUUCUGAACAGAUCGAAGUUUAUGAGGACACGGAGGCAUCUGACGAUGAGGAUUACCCCGAGUUCUGCGAUUGUGAAUUCUGUGUGCAGUCUAUAGAACAGGUGCCAGCCAAGCCACUCCUCCCGCAGAUAAAGUCGAAAGAUGUAGGAAAGAUUUGCGUAGUGAUUGAUCUGGAUGAGACGCUAGUGCACAGUUCAUUUAAGCCGGUGAACAAUGCUGAUUUUAUCAUUCCAGUGGAAAUUGAUGGGGCUGUACACCAGGUGUAUGUACUGAAGCGACCUCAUGUUGAUGAGUUCCUAAAGCGGAUGGGAGAAUUAUUUGAGUGUGUCUUGUUCACUGCAAGCUUAGCCAAGUACGCAGAUCCCGUGUCAGACCUGCUGGAUAAGUGGGGUGCCUUCCGCUGCCGUCUCUUUCGAGAGUCCUGUGUUUUUCAUCGCGGAAACUAUGUUAAGGACCUGAGCCGCCUGGGCAGGGACCUCAACAAAGUCAUCAUCGUGGACAACUCGCCAGCAUCAUAUAUCUUCCACCCAGACAAUGCUGUACCCGUAGCCUCUUGGUUUGACGACAUGUCCGACACGGAGUUGCUGGAUUUGAUCCCGUUCUUCGAGAGACUGAGUAAAGUGGAUGACGUGUACGCUGUGCUCAAACAGCAGAGGACUAGCAGCUAGCGUGAUCGACGGGGCAGCUUUCACCACGGGGCCAGGGAGGCUGGCGGGGUUCGGAGUGCCACUUCCCUGCUACAUGGGAUCUGCCACCGGCUCGCUCCUCAUCACCUACCCAGAAUUCCAUUCGCAGGAGGUUUGAUACAGAAGCAUAAAGUUGAUGGAAACCUGGUAUGGCUAGAACGAUGGAACUGUGAAGGACUGCUUUAUCUCUGUACACACACACACACACACACACACACACACACACACACACAUAUAUAUAUAUAAAAAAAGAAAUGCAUCAAUUUUUAACACUUGAAUAUGUGUUCUUUCUUCUUUUAUAUAUAACUAGAGAAGCCCUAGCCCUGUUUAAACUGUAUAUCGCUGAUUUUUAGAUUGAGAAAUGGUUUUCUCAAAGACCAUACAGUAGCUUAUUAAAUUCCUUUUUUUUUUCUUCUCAAAAGGACGGUGCCAACGUUUUGGCAAGUCGCCUCAUGUUUCACGGGUUUGACAUGCACCAAGUGCGUAGUCGAGAUGUGCAGAGCGGAUGGGGUUUUCAGCGAGGGACUCGAAGAACCAGAAUUUCCCCCGAGGCAUUAAUGGGAGCCGAGGCAACUUAGAUUCAUUCCAAACCAGGGUGGGGAAAGAGCCGAACUCUGAGCCGUGCAUCACACCAUGCAAAUGUGCACUGUUAAAGGAAAUCGGUUUUACUGCGUAAUAUUUCAGUACUGUACUUUCAUUCUGUCGAGAUGUUUGUGUGAGUGUAGGUUCGAGAUGCUCAUCUAGACUGAUCAGUCUUGCGUCUCCUCGAUACUAGUCUUUCUCUUCCGGUUAGAUCACAAAGGUCAUGUCGAAGAAUGUCUUAAAGUGCAUAUUCUGGACCAAUUUUGUGUUUUUUUUUUUUUUUUAUAUGAACGUAUGUCCCUGUACACACUCAUCCAGAAGGGUAAUUUUGCACAAGGCCAUCUGUCUACAGCAGAAAAAAAAUAAAAUUAAAUUAAACGCGUCUGGAAAACUCACAAGGGAGUCUGGAGCCAGAUUCGUGACAUUAUCUGCGGAAGCGCAAGCUUUGCACAGUUUCAGUGCACAGCCUGUGUAGACCAAGCGCUCCCAUUUCUCUCUCAUUGUCCGGUCUUUUGGGAAACGAUGAGUACUAAUCCCAUCAAGAUUGGUGUUGCUCCACCCUCCUACGAUACAUCUGUUAACCAUUUUAAUAAUUACGCGAUAACGUUGAAGAAAUUUUCAGAAAACCACCAGGUCGUUUUCUCAUAAACAAACCAGCGCUGACGUAGGAUUCAGAGGGAGGCGUCCCGCACGCGACGUCACGAAAAUCAAUGUUUCCCGGGAAAUCCAAACGCCAAGUUUUUUCAGAGGCGGACCAAUUCAACUCAAAUGGCUUGAUUUCAACUGAAUUUUUCUGGUAUUGCGCAAGGUAAAAAAAAAAAUGCAGAGAAUGCAGAAUGUUACAGAUAUUUGACCAAAGUUUAAUAUAAAAUAGGAGAAUUACAUUGAUCUUGCUCCUGAAUUUACCCGUGAUAUGCACUUUAAGAAUAAAAGGAGAACCGUGCACCAAAGACGAUGAAUCCAUUUUAAUCCCAAUUCUUAAAUUACAGAAUAUACUGUAGUAUGUGCGUUAUUUUCUUUUUUUUUUUUAUGUCAAGACAAGUUUUAUUUUUACAUAUUCAAGGCUUAAAAGCUUUCAGCUCCCUCGCCUGCUUUCACGGAGAUGAUUUGUCAGUAAACAGAUUCCUGACCGGAAUCUGCAGUUUGUGUAAAGUGCGCCUGCGUACAAGUUAGCAGUGUUGUCGUCGAGUCCGAGAGCAAGCCCCGCCCACUAUCAACAUGCGAGAGGGUUAACACUAGCUAGUUCAUCGCUCAGCAAGCAAGCCCGCUAUCAACAGAGCAAUGAACAUAGCGUGUCACUUCCUUCUCUGGGUGGAGUCUUGCCAACCAAAUGACGAUCGAAGUUCGAGGUCGUCCCCGUCGUCUCCUCGAUAGUUCUUCUACACAUGGAACGCAUAGCAGUGCAUUUUUUUUUUUUCCCCCACUGCAUGAGAAGUCUGUAUAAGCAAAGCGGACAAUCCUAGGGGUGUUCUCUCCAGGCAUUCACGUUAGUUUGUUCCUGAACAGGUGAAUGUGCCUUCUCUUGCACAAAAUUAGUAUAAAAAAUCAAUGUAAAUAUAAAUCUCUUUUACCAAAUUAUUAUGGCAUGUUGGGGGGGGGAAUCCAAGUCCUCGUGUUCAGUUGACGAGUCCGAAUGCAGUUGAUGCACGAGUCCGAGUCAUCAGUGUUCAACUCCAAGUCAAGUCACGAGUCGAACUCGAGUCCGAGUCCUACAAGCCUGCAAGUUACGACACAGAAGUCAAGUGAAACAUGAGCUGAUUCGCCAGAAUGUCCGUACUGUUCUUUUAAGGCACCAUUUGUCCUCGUGAGGUUUCCUCAGACACUGGGAAUGCCAAUCACACAGCAUGAUGACGCGUUCUCCAUUUUCUUUCUAACCAGCCCAAAUCGAAACAAUUCCUCGAUAUCGUUCUUUUUCUUUCUCUGGUUUUGACUUCUUAAUCGGAAACUGGUGUACGUUGUACAAUCAUGUCCAGAUUUGAGAUUUUAUAGACGGAUGUAUGUAUGGAUGCAUGAAAGGGAUGCAGCUUUGGUAACGAGGGCUCUGUUUCCAGGCUAGUGGCUAAAGGAUCGAAAGCACCUUUAAACAAAACGACCCAGGGCAUGCUUUAAUUUCCCUUGUCGAGGCCAAGGAUUUGCUGUAGUCAGUCUUUUGUGACCCAAGUGCUCUUAACGAAAUCCAGUCAGUACUUUGGUACCGUGUUGAAUGAUUUCAAUUCAUGACAGUACGCCAUGCCAUUAUUGACUUUUUAUAUUACUAAAAUAUAUAUAUAAAUAUAUAUAUGUAAAGCAUUCAUUGACAAAUCCUCAUUGUUACGAGGGGGAAGUACAUUUUUCAAGCCUUAGAUAGAGCCGUUUAUUAUUAAAACUUAGGAUUUCACAUUUUUCCGAAGUGAGAAGUCCAGCUUGGGUGCCUUAGUAUUGGACAUGCAGCUUUCUCUGCCUGGCAGUGCCAACGAACGUGGGCGUUACGAGCUUAUGUUAGCAUUAUCAGACAGACUUUUUCGCAAGUGUUGAUGCUGUGAUGUUUGAUCUGUUCAGACGAGAUAAUCAAGAGAAGGCUGGAGGACUUUUUUUUUUGUGGUGGUGGUGGUGGUGGUGGUGAUGAUUCAGCUUUUUUUUUUUUUUUUUAAGAUGAUGUACAGGCAUGAUUAUGGUAAGGCCAUGCUGAUUUUUCUCUCCUUCUGAUGAUGUGUCGUGCUGCACCGAGAGAGAGAAAGAGAAACUGGCCUCAAGGUUUGAGUCAUGCUUCAUUUUGACAAGCACAGCUGUUUCUUCUUUUAUCCGCAUUUGACCCUGUCCACACAUUUUCUCCUCGUUAUUGGAAAUUGCGUUGGAUAUCCAAAUUACUCUAGAUUUAAUAUAUUUUUAUACCAUCAGAUUUUAUUUCUACAAGUAGACCGGUACUAACCCCGGACAAGCAAGAUUUCACGUUUUAAGAGCACACACAAAAAAAAAACAUUCUCGCAGCGAAGACUCCAGGUGCGGCAGCCUGCUGUUUUAUUUUAUUUUCUAAAACGUUUUGUUCACUGUUGAGGAUGCGAAGUCCUGUCUGAACGCGCGUUGUCUUGAUACAGCGUCGAAACGUGAUUGAAUCCCGGAUGUGACGUGGUACAUUCCGAAAGUCCUCAUCAAUCUCGCCGAUCCCUGCAUCAAACUGGUCUGAACCAGCGCUUAUUUAUUUUCCUAUCUUAAGUUUUAUUGGUGUCCAUUUUGCAUAACAAGUCUGUUAUUUUCCUGAUUUUCUUUCUAACCCAGGACUGGCGUUGAACGUAAUCAAAUAAUCGAGCAUUUAGUUUUUUUUUUUUUUUUUUAAUAAGUGAUCUCAGUAGCAGUCUGUGACGGUUUUGCGCUCCUGAGAAGACAGCGUCGAGCGUGUUUGAUGUGUCUCACAGCUUGCUCUGACCUCUGGUGCUGUCCGUUUGGGAGACCUUGUUGUCUUGCGUCUUUUCGUUUUGUACCGUCAGCAUCUGUUAAAGCAGCAGGCGCUUUUUCCAGUGCAGCACCAGCGCUGAUAUCGUCUCACGACAGAACAUGCAGCCAAGUCGUAAUUAGAAGGCGGACAGUAUAUCUGGUCUUGUCCUGUAUGCAUAAAACGUCUCGGAAUUCAGGUAGUGAUUUAGGAUCAUCCCUCAAACGUUAUAAGAUUUGCUCAUCAGGGUAUAAAAUCCAGUAUCCACCAGUAUGCAAGAAGGAGUGGUGGGAUCAAAUCGGAUCUGUCUGUUAAUUAGAUUAACCCCUAUGGAAGUGUAUUAUACACUCACCGGAACACUUUAAUAGGAACUUGUUCUUGAUUCUUUUGAAGAGUCCUGUUCUUGGCUGCAGGACUGGAACCCAGUAUGGUUUUCUGUUGCAUGCUGAGAUGCUUUUCUGCUCACCGGUUGUAAAGAGUUGCUCCGAGUCACUAUGUCCUUCCUGGCCAAAAAGCUCGAACCAAUCCGACCAUUUUCCUCCGACCUCUCUGAUCAACAAGACAUUUCCACUCGCAGAACUGUCCGUCACUCACUCAAAGUGUUUUUUUUUUUUUUACAUAAAGUUUUCCGCACCAUUCUGUCUAAACUCUCGAGACUGUUGCGUGUGAAAACCCCAGGAGAUCAGCCAUUUCUGAAAUACUCAAACCACCAGGCCGUCUGGCUCAAACCACCAGGCCGUCUGGCUCAAACCACCAGGCCGUCUGGCUCAAACCAACACCCAUGCCAGAGUCAAAGGAAGUCGCACUCUUGCCCCUUUUCCACCAGGGCUGGUUCGGGGCCAGUGCUUAUGGUGCGUUCAUGUGCUAUGGGAAUUAUGGUAAAUACCAAACGCCGACAUGGAAAGCACACAUGAACGCCCCUUCUUGUGGUAUUUUCCACUGGGCAACUCGUAGAAAAUUUUGAUACACGAGUUGCCGAGAUGAGAUGAACUUUAACCUUUUCAACAUGGCGGCGAGCGGUACAAGACACUUGAAUGGUAAGCAUUGUACGCUACUAAAGAUUUUUUUUUUACUAGUACUAUUGGGUAGUUUUUGGUGUCUAUGCAAUGUUGCGUCAUUAACAAGCGUAAUAUAAUGCGUUAGAAAUCCGUUUCCUUUAAAAAUGUGGCGUUAUGGUUUGUUGUUACCUAUCCAGAGCAGACGCUAUUGCUAACGAUAGCUAACUAACUAUUGCUAACUAGCAGUCCGCGUCCUUUGUCAACAACAACAAAAGCAUGUGAACACAACACACUGGUAAAUACCACUUCCCAACUGGAAAAUAUCAUCUUCCCAUAGCACAUGAACGCAGCAUUAGUUUGGAACCGGGUUUUCUGUUUCCACUGACAAAGAACUGGCUCUGGGGCCAGAAAAACCGGUUCCAGGCUAGCACCAACUCUCUGCUGGGCCAGAGGAAAGAACCGCUUACGUCAGUGGGGGGGGGGCGGAGUUGUUAAGACCAACAACAAUAACAAGACCGCGAAAGAUCGCCAUUUUUAAGCGACGAGAAGCAGCAGCUGUACAAACGCAAAGUCAUCCAUUGUUAUUAUUGUUGUUGUUGCUGCUGCUUCUUCCGCGUUGUUUUUGCUUCGGUAUUCGCGCCAAGGUUUAUGCAAAUGUAGCGACGUAACUGACGUAUACAGCGACGUAAUGACGUGGCUCCCCUUAGCACCGUGAGCUAUGGAAAAGCAAACUGGUUCUCAGCUGGCUCGCAAGUUGAACGAGUUGUGAACCAGCACCAGCACCGGCCCCGAACCAGCCCUGGAACUGAUUUAGUGGAAAAGGGGUAUCUGAGAUCAGUUUUUCCCAUCCUGAUGUUUGAAGUGAACAUUAUUGAACUUCGUGGCCAUCAGAGGACCAGCUCCCCCACUGUAACCCCUAGCUAUGUAAUAGGCAAGAGGCCGAGGGCUACAGAAACGGAGAUCGGCGUCGCCUAAUGCGCCAUUUGGUGCAGGAAGGACUUUAGAUGAUUGAACCUGAAGCUCUUGAUGUAGAGCUGCAUGAUCUGUGCUGGGAUCAGCUGAUUUCGAGAACUACAUGAAACAGAACAGCAGGUAGACGUAUGGGUGUUUCUAAUAAAGUGUUCGGCGAGCGUACCAUAUAAUCAGCAGUCCUGUUCCAACAUUCUUUCUAAGAUGAACACUUAAGCCAAGCGUUUGCAGUGUCGCGUGUGACCCCGUGAUGUUUCGGAAGAAAUGGCUCCCCCUGGAGGGAGUUCAGUUAUAUGCAGUGUUUUAUGCCUUGAUCACUACAGUUCUUGAUCUCGUACGAGUCACUAUGCAAGGAAAGCUGAUCAGCAAUCAGCCAUCCACUCGUUCAUAUCAGCGGUUAGCAAGUGAUCCAGUGGCGCUUUUUUCUGCCCUUUUUUAACGUUGAUUUUUUUCCUAAGAGUUUACAUGUGAAAACUCAAAAAAACAAAGCAAAAAAAACCCCUCUCCAGUCAGGAAUGGGUGCGAGAUAAUUCAGCCGAAUUUAACUCCGUACUAAAGCGUACUAUAUUAAUUUUUACUAUCCACUCUGGUCGUAACGUCUGAGUUCAUGUCGAAGCAGCCGUUUAGCCGAUUCCUGAUCGGAGUUUUAAGUGCCUGUCUAUUUUGAUGCUCAAUUACAAGAGUAACAGUGUAUAUAACCAUUUAUAUAACAUGUUGUAUACCCUCUGCCUUUUUUUUUUUGUUGUUGUUUGUUUGUUUUUUGGUUAUACCAUACCAUUCUGCCCCCUCUUUACUACAUUUAAACAAACACCACAUUUGUCCCACACUUUUGUAUGUCUGGUAAUUUGUGUAGGUCAAACCAAAUUCAGCAUUAAUGCAUAGACAUAUUCAUUUUUCUUUCUUUGUUUUGUGAUUUGGAAAUAGGAAAGCCAAUUUUAAAUUAAGUCGGCUGUAACCUAGUCUUGAACCUUUUGUAAUUAUUAUUAAUUGUAUUUUACUGUACUGAAUGAGCUAUACCAUAAAUGAAACUGAUGACAAA